AUGCUGAUCAAGAGGAGACUCAUGUUAAAUAUGAUGAAGAGGAGGAGGAGGAUAAGAUCUUUGACGACAGAAAAAAUGAAGAAGAGAAGAAACACAGUAUAUCUUCCCGAGGAUUUGCUUGUGGAUAUACUCUCUAGGGUUCCGGAGGCUUCACUGGCACGGUUCCGAUGUACCUCAAAAGGGUGGGAUGCUCUUAUAAAAAAAGAUAAGAGACUUGCGAAGAACAACUCUCUUUUUGUCAUGGUAAUUUAUAGUAAGGUCUAUUUAGUUAGGCUUAAUCUCCACGGCAUCCACGACAACAACGCUGAAAAGGUAAUAAGUCAGUUCAGCCUGCUUAGUAACCCUCUUUCAGAUUCUUCUUUGAAAGUAGUGGGUAUACGCCAUGUCUUUCACUUGGAAGGCCUAUUGCUAUGCACCACCAUGGACGAAAGACUGGUUGUUUGGAAUCCAUGUUCAGGGGAAACCAUUAGGAUUAUCAAACCGUUAAAUUUCGACUGUCAUACCAAUACUUACGCUCUCGGUAAAUCCACAUGCAACAACGAGUACAAAAUCCUGAGGGUGCAUCAUAAUGGAUAUGGUUACUGGCCGCAAAGCCUAGUUACGUACGAAAUCUAUGACUUCGCAUCUAAUUCGUGGAGGGUUGUUGGUGCGACUAGAGACUGGUUCAUUCCAGGGCUCUGGCGAGAUGGCACGUCUGUGGAUGGAAAUACUUACUGGCUUACUGAUACUUGUUCUCCAACGGGGAUGAGGAAUGCUGCCUUACAAUGUUUUGAUUAUUCAACAGAGAGGUUUGGUUGUUCUCUUCCGGUCGAUCCUCUUUCUUAUAAGGUUAUUGCUUUAUCAGUGACUAUAGAAGAGCGAAAUCUUUGUAUCUUAACUUCUUCACGUGAUAAGGAGGUCCAUGAUAUAGAUGUAUGGAUGGCAACUAAGACUAAAGGUACCGGAGACAUGUCAUGGAGUAGACUCCUAACAGUGAAACGAACCCAUCCACAGCAUUUUGUUGCGUUUGGUUUUGGGAUGAGUUUCUCGGUCGAUCGGAAAGCUAAAGUUUUACUGCAUCCCACUAAAUAUAGGAACUCUACUAACUCCAUACACAUUUUGGGAGAGAAUUAUAAACACAUACAAGUGGACCUUGAUGUUGAGGGAACUACUCCAUUCAGGUCUAUUCCAACUUUGGUUCAAAUUCAACAAGGUUCUUUGGGGCUAAGGCACAUGGAAAUCACAAAGUUUUCAUGA